CAAAGGAGGAGUUUGCUGUUACCAAUUGCUUGGUGCUGCAGCUGAAACUGGGAAAAAAGAGAUGGCACCUGUCAGGAAGGGUCUCCUUGAGCGUCUGAAUGCUGGGGAGGUGGUGAUUGGCGAUGGCGGCUUUGUGUUUGCUCUGGAGAAGAGGGGGUAUGUGAAGGCCGGACCAUGGACUCCUGAGGCUGCUGUCACACACCCUGAGGCCGUGCGGCAGCUUCACAGGGAGUUCCUGAGGGCAGGAUCCAAUGUAAUGCAGACAUUCACAUUCUAUGCCAGCGAUGACAAACUGGAAAACAGGGGUCAGACCUUGAGAAUCACUGGGACACAAAUCAAUGAGGCAGCCUGUGACCUGGCAAGGGAAGUAGCCAGCGAAGGAGACGCAAUGGUAGCUGGUGGAGUGUCUCAGACUCCAUCCUACCUGAGCUGCAAGAGUGAGACAGAGGUUAAAGCCAUCUUCAAGAAACAGCUGGAAGUGUUCAUGAAGAAGAAUGUGGAUUUCCUGAUUGCUGAGUACUUUGAGCAUGUUGAGGAGGCGGAGUGGGCCGUGCAGGUGUUGAAGACCAGCGGAAAGCCCGUAGCUGCUUCUCUGUGCAUUGGACCGGAGGGAGACAUGCACGGCGUCUCACCUGGGGAGUGUGCUGUCAGGCUGGUGAAGGCCGGUGCCCAGAUUGUGGGAGUCAACUGCCACUUUGACCCCAUGACCUGUGUGAAGACUGUUAAGAUGAUGAAGGAGGGAGUGGAGCAGGCUAAACUAAAGGCUCACUACAUGGCGCAGCCCCUGGCAUACCACACCCCUGAUUGCAACUGCCAAGGAUUCAUCGACCUCCCAGAAUUCCCAUUCGCCCUGGAGCCCAGGAUCCUGACCCGCUGGGACAUGCACAAGUAUGCCAGGGAAGCCUACAAGGCUGGCAUCCGAUUCAUUGGUGGCUGCUGUGGGUUUGAACCUUAUCACAUCAGGGCCGUGACAGAGGAGCUGGCCCCUGAGAGAGGGAUACUGCCCCCUGGCUCAGAGAAACACGGAAUGUGGGGCGCUGGUCUGGAGAUGCACACCAAACCCUGGGUCAGAGCCAGGGCCCGUCGUGACUACUGGGAGAAUCUCUUACCCGCAUCCGGCCGUCCCAAAUGCCCGUCCCUUUCCACACCAGAGGGCUGGGGUGUGACCAAGGGCCACGCUGACCUGCUGCAGCACAAAGAGGCCACCAGCGCACAGGAAAUGAAGCACUUGCUGGAGAUGCAGAAGAAGGCGAAGUCCUCUGCAUGAGCGAGGCAGAGCGGGAAAACCGAGGCACCCAUCCCUUUAGUCGGUCAACAAGGGAGGGAUAAGACUAAAGGAGUGAAGUCUUUCCCAGUUCCAUUUAAAGAUGAAAAGCACUCAGUAACAGCGAUGCUCCAGUAUGGUGUAAUAAUAUGUAAACUCCAAAACAAUAAACCUGAGUUUGUCACUUAAUUUUGUUGCAACAAACACAACCCUGAAAGAAA